AUGUGGUUACCCGAUAAUGGGGUAUCGUCAAUUAUGGUGAAUGAAUUAGCAAAACAACAGGCUGAGCUCCCAACAUCCAACAUGUUUGAUAUGAGUCAAAACAGCUCAACUACAUCAUCAUGUAAUUCAUCCAUUGCAUCAAUAAACGAUAAGCAAAUCACCAGUAUAAAAGCAACCAAUAUAAUCGAUACCAAACAAUCAAAUAGUAAUUCAUGUCAAUCAUCUAUAAAAUCGGUAGCCAGACGUCACCGUGCAGACACUGCAAGCUUAAAAGAAUAUGGUGAAUGUUAUAGAAGAUUGGGUCAAGGUACAACUGCAGUAGUCAUGGUUUUGCGAAAACUUGGUGAAGAUGGUAGAUCAGAGAAAUUGUAUGCUAUCAAACAAUUUCGAAAAAAGCAAAAGCAAGAAAACGAAAAAGAAUACAUGAAGAAGCUUACCAGUGAAUUCUGUAUCUCAUCGACAUUUACACAUCCCAAUAUUGUUGAAACAAUAGAUUUAGUUUUGGAUAACAAAAAGAGAUACUGUACAGUUAUGGAAUAUUGUCCUGGUGGUGAUUUGUUUACUAGUAUCAUGGCUGAACGAAUGACUGAAGUUGAGAAGGCUUGUUGUUUCAAACAGAUGAUUCAUGGGUUAGCUUAUCUUCAUUCCAUGGGUGUAGCCCAUCGUGAUAUCAAACCUGAAAAUUUGUUACUGACCAUGGACGGCAAACUCAAAAUCACUGACUUCGGUGUUUCGGAUGUGUAUAGGUUUCCUUGGGAAACAAAAGGUCGCCAGAGUCGGGGUCUUGUUGGUUCUGAACCUUAUAUUGCUCCAGAGGCAUUCGAACAUAAAGAAUAUUGGGGAGCCGCCGCUGAUGUUUGGUCGGCUGGAAUCGUCUUCUAUUGUAUCUGGCUUGGCGGACUUGCUUGGCACAAGGCUAAAAAAUCUGACUCCUCUUAUUGUGGCUACAUCCGUGCUAUCGAACAAAAUCAGACCUUUGAUCUUUUUCGUACAUUCACUCUCAAUGAGCGUCGUAUUUUAAGUCGUAUGCUCGAUCCUAAUCCCAAUACUCGUAUUACUGCUGCAGAAUUAAUAGACGAUCCUUGGUUUAAUUCUAUACCAAUGUGUGAAAAUUCAAUCGAUACAUACGGAAAUACCCACAAACACACCGAAGGUGUGCAACCUGUAUGUACAAUCACAACAAAAAAGUAA